AUGGACACUGUUCGCCGGAUCUCCAAGCGUCUUCUUGAGAAAAAAAAUGCCAAAAAUGCCAAAAAAAACACAGAUGAAUCGAAUGAAUCGAAUGCUCAGUCCCUUCCGCCUGCCCCUACGGGGUCCACUCAGUCCGCAGGCCGCCAGGCCUCCUCUCAACCCGAGAAACGACGGAAGCUUCAGAAGAAGCCCCCGGGCCCUUCGAAGCCCACCUCUCAGUAUCCGACAAUGAGACCGAUUGGGGAAUACCCAUCGGUCGCGGAAUACCGGAGUGCGGGUGUACCUCCUCUGACUCCCCAGCAGAUAGAAGAGCGCGUCGCGACCGUAACUGCCGGCAUCCCGCGCCCUGAAAUCGAGCGCGUUGCUCCAGCUAGCGAGAAUGAGAACCUGCCCGCCACCAAGGACCAUGCUGAGGAUAUUGCCCAAGAAGCGGUCGCCACUGCGAUCUCGACAGUUGAAACGCCCGCCGAUGAGGCCAUUCGCAGCAUUACUCCGGUCGACGCAGCCACUCGCACCUCUACCCCACCGAUUAAUGAGACUGUUCCUGAUAUUGGCGGCUCGAAGGACACCAACAAGUAUCUCGCCGUGCUCAAGGCCCUUCCUCUUCCCACCUCCGAAAAAUACAACAUUAUCAGACUCCGAACCGUCAUCAAGUUUGCCAUCAUUCAUGCAAUGGAGUCCGGCAAUGAGAAAUCUGCUCUGACUCUUCUUUACUUCUGGUACAAUGCUAUGAGCGAUGAAUUCCAGCUAUCUCUGAUCGCCAACAUCUCCCAAGGAGACGGAGGCGACGACCAACUCCGACUGACCCUCAUGACCGCCCUCGCUAACUCUUACCAUGACGCCCGUCAAUGGUUUCUGACACACACCCGUGCUGGUCCACCUGAUCCUCCCUCUGGCAGCGAGGCUAGCCUGACAUCUGCCAAGACAGCUGGCGCGGAGCCCAGUUUCAAGGUCUCUGACAUUUAUCGCGACACAAGUGGUCCUCGAGUAGAGGAGCAGUUCCUGAGCGGCAAAUCAAACACUGCUCCGCUCAAGAGGCCCAAGAAGCCACAUCCAGCUAACGAGGCUGCUUACAAACGCAAACGCCAGUGGGAAAUGGAUCCUGACCACGAGGAAAAAAUGGAUGAAAAACGUGCUCGCCUUGCGGAAGAGUAUCACGUUCCAGAGACGAACCCUCCCACCAGUGCAGUCAGAGAAGAGAUCGGACCGCCAGAUGGCAUUACACAUCCUUACAGCAUCGAAAACGUUCUCAACAACGACCCAAUCGAACGUACGCGCUCAUUGCCCCCUUCCGGAUCUAUCUUCGAUGUGCCGAUCCCCAAGAGCUUAGAGCCUGGCCCUGCAUCUGUUUGCUCUACUUCUGUCUCUAGCAUCGCUCGCAGGACUGGCAAACCCGUCUCACAACGUCAAAAAGCCAAGAACAAGCACCCUGACUCCACCCAGCGUGCACGGUCGCUCUCUGUUGACACGACUGUCUCGAGCCUUUCUUCGCUCUCUAACUCUGUUUACUCGGUCCGAUUCAACGAAUGGUCUGGUGACCACGAACCACGCCAAAUGCCAAAUUCUAUUGAACCUCCCAACAACAGCGACGAUUGCCACCAGUGUGGGAAAGGUGGCAGUUUGCUCUGCUGUGAUACAUGUGACAAUUCAUACCACUUCACAUGUUUGGACCCUCCCUUGGAUCCCAAGAAUCCUCCACAGGGAGAAUGGCACUGCCCCAAGUGCUCCAUCCGCAACAGCUUCUCGACCCUGAUUGCACACUCCAACCACUACAAGAAGACCGAGUUCCAGCUUCCCGAAGAUAUCAAAACUCACUUCGCCGGAGUGGAUGAAGGAGUUGUUUUCGAUGAGGACUAUGCGCGCAAUCCGAAGCACCAACGCUAUUACAAGAGCGCGCCCCACUUGCCGCGGAUGACUAAACCACCCAGGCAGUCGGACAAGGAAGCCGCCAUAGCUACCUCUUACACGAACCCGAAUCUUUACAAAGACGUUGACAGCACCGGAGCCACAAUCCGCUGCUCCAGGUGUGGCACUACAAGCCUCGUUCCCCCUAACCCGAAGACUGGGUGGAUGUGUCCCAACCAUGUUACUCCCGACGAUAUGAUUGCCACCAAGGAUUUUGAAGGACUCGAGCGUACGCGCCGUGUCCGUCGCACCAAGAACAUGGAACUCAUUGACUGUGACAUCAUGCUUCCUGAUGACCCCAACCAGAGUUUGUUCAACGACGACUGGAAAGAAAAAAGAUCCCGUUUCCCUGCAGGCGACGUUGUUUUGAACUUCAUCGGUGCGGUCAAAGAUGACCAUUACGAGCGUGAGAUCCAAUUCGCCGAGCGCGUUGAGCGCAAAUGCUUGGACUUGACCAAAAAACUUACCAACGAAUAUCUCUCCCGUGUCGACACCAUUGGAGCCACCAACCUCAUCUCAUCCAAUGCUCUUCCUGCCGAAUUGAAGCAGACUGUGUCCGACGCUGUGCACAGCACCAUCCGGGGCAUCUCUGCCCAAGAAUUUGACGCUGUUUCUGCUCUCCUCGGGAUGGCUGGCCCCCAGCCCCUUGCUGUUGGCGACGGUCACAUCGCCGAAGCUGCCGGGCCAGCCUUGCCCCCUGCUCCCCAGACUCUGGCUCGCAUUGAUGAAGAGUCUACCUUGGGAUCCUCUCACCUCGCCACCUCGCCCCCUCCCAAGGCCCCCUCCACCGCCUCCGAAGAGGCCCACCCUUCGGGGUCCGAGCUGCUCCCUCGGAUUCCCGUGUUCAAUCGCAACAAGCGAUCCCGUGCCGAUGACCAAGAAUCGGCAGAGGAGCCGGCGCAGAAGCGCCAACACACCAAGCUGAAGUGA